AAAUCUCCGAAUCGUAAAGAUAAGCUUGCUGUUGGCGGUGUGUAUUUUCGAAUCUUUUUGCUUAGUUUCUGAAGAGGGAACGACUAAGCUUUAAUACCCAAGGAUAUUCAAAGCAGAGCAGCAUUUUUUAUCUUGACGAUGAAAGUGUAUAUACUUUCGAUCCUGUACGGAGUGAUUCAGUGCCUCACAGGUAAGCUUAACAUAGAUUUGUCGUUCCUGUGUUGAAAAUUCGAAUGUUAUUGAAAAUAUUAUCAACCCCACGUUAUACUUUGGAAUAACCGAACAUUUUGGCAAACAUUAUUAUAAGGAAACCGAAAAACAUAAAACCCACAGUUUUCGAUAUUCUAAACUUGAUUGCAGAGCGAGAGAUUCAAUAUCCAUAAAAAACCUAAUUCAACUGCAAAUUACAAUGCCCCUUCUUAGACACAAAGGAUGUUACGAAUUUCAGGCAAAUGAAGGCAAAUGACGGAAAUUCGCUUCGAACACGACGUCGGUUUACCAGCAAAGCAGAUGUGUAAAUUACAUGGUAAUUAGCUUUCUGAAAUCAAGAAAUUUUGUCAGCUCCAUUAAGAAAGUGACUCAAGUUUCUUUACCUGAGGGACAUGUCGUGAUUUCACUCAGUUGAUUGUCCUAAUAGUUAAAUUUUAAAUCAGAAAUGUCCAGCUAGGUCAGGUAUUUUAGACAUCCGUUACGACUGAUUCCGUUUGCCACUUCUGAAAAAAACACUUAAAGACAAACCAAAAAUAGAAAAUGAUGUCCCUCCUUUUCCUGGAAAAUUAGCGAAAUGAUCUAAUCUGGCAUAUUCCGCAUUCAUUUAAUUUUUGUCUUUGGCUUCAGUGGUUCGUUAGAGUUAUCGUUGAACAAUUUUCUUUCUCUUAAAUUGGAUUAAUCAAAGCGAUGAAGAAACCCUCGAUACUUUAUCUUUGUUAUCUUGUGAUUCACUGCGUCACAGGUCAGUCAAACAGUACUUCGAUUAGGAGGUGGUGAGUUUUUGAACAUGAUUUAUUACCGGCCAAUUAAAAGUCCUACCUCAGUGUUCAAAACGAUCGUUAAUCAGAAAACCUGAAGAACGGAAAAAGAAUGUUAUAUUUUUAGUAUUUUUCAAACCACGUUUUAUCAAUGAGCAGGUCAAAAGUCUUAAAUAAAUGCUGGAACGACAGUUUAGACGGACGAUGUUUUUCCUGACGAAUUGUAUAUCACACUUUUUUAGAAGAAUUGCAAAGCGGGAGUGGAUAGUCAAGUAGUGAAGCUAUAUAAUAGAUUGAUAUGCAGAAAGAGUAUGCUUACACAGGGCAGUUGAAUGCAUGGUGCGCCUUUCCAGUCAAAAUUCAAAUUAUUUCAAAAUGGGAUGAAAUGUUUCUAUUUCUGUGCCAUAUUUUCUAUUUUAACUUUACAGUUGCUACUAUGCAGUGACUGGCAAACUGAUGACUCCGUUCUUCAAGAUUUCAGGACAAUUGUUAUGAACUGCAUUAAAAAUUGUUUUAACUAAGUGUUUGGGAAUUGCUUAGGCCUGUUAUAUUGUAGUGAAAUCCUCGUGCGAGUCUUGUGAGCCUUAGUUUGUCAUGUGCUGCCAGAUCACGCAUUAUUUUGAGAGUAGUGUCCUUGACCGUUUUAGUGUGGCUUAAUACACGUGCAAUAAUCGUCACCGCUAAUCGUGUUUGGGUUUGUCCUUUAACUUUCUUAGAGUCCUCGACGGGGAUUUUUGUUUAGGUUUUAGUUCUCUCUUGUUCUCGUAGAUUGGUCGUUAUUAAGAGAGGAUGUCAGCAUCUAUCAAACAAAUUUGAAAUAAUGUGGCAAGUCGCCCAAAAUUCGUUUUCUCUCCAACUUUCGUAUUUUUUAGCCCAAUAUGUCCUUAUAAUUGUGGUGUAGUUUUUUUGUGAAAAUUUAUUUUCGUUUUUGAGAAAUGAUUGUUUUCUUUCGACCGCUCAAAUAUGCAAAUUUUCACCCUGAAUAUUACCCGAGUUGUGUGUCCUCGUGUAACGAAUUUACUUAACGGUAUUUCUGCUGGAAUAAUCCUUUGUUUUAUCAUCUAAACUUGAUCCCCUGUCAUUAUUGAAGCUGGCAAAGACGUAUUUAUUUUUUGGUGAAAUUUUUGUCCGACAUACUUUUUCUACGUCGAAAAGUAGCAUCAAAACAAAGACAGUUUUAACAAUGACCGAUAUGACAGAGUCUACUGAGCUUCUUGCUUUUGAAAGACAAAAGGACGGUUAUAAAGGGACGUCUACAAAACGAAGACCGAAGACCGAAGACCGAAGACCAAAGACCGAAGACCGAAGACCGAAAAACGAAGACCCUAAUUUUUUUGCCCGAAUAAGGCACGGACAGUUAAAAAACCAAGCCAAAGCGUUCCUAACAUGCCUAACUAACCGUUCCUAACUUCCUUUACAAAAUAUGUGCAAUUUUUAUAGUGUCUUUUUAUAUUCAGUUAUAACCUGUCAGUUUUAAGAAUCCUUGUUUGAAAGCGUUAAGAAUUGAGGCACAGCAUGCAGAAACCUCGGCAUCACUGCUUCUAUUUAAGAGAUUCCAGGCAAGAUAAGCACAGUUUCUAAACUCCUAUAUCUACCUUGAUUUAACAAAAGGUACCUAAAGAAAUUGAUCAUAAUACUAUACUUCUAACAUAAAGCUUUUUGCAGAGAUCAUUCCGUGCGGAAAAUCGUAUCUCAAGGAAGCGAAAAUUACUGUACUAUAUGUCUUUUCGGACCAACAAUUGUAUCAAAAGCAUAUCAAUGUAAUCGUGUACUCUAAAAUUUAAUUAAUAUUGUUUACAUAAUGAAGGAAAAGCAUGUUUGAAAAUAAACUUUAAGUGCAAGCGCGUGAGCCGAUCUGAAGCUUUCUCAAACCAUGCACGAUCUCAAAUAAAUCAAGGAAAACCGUUUUACAUCGCCGAUAGCUUCAUUUUCGAGGAAUUCGAAAAUAAAAGCUAGCACCAUAACUGACUCAGUGACAGGUUUCGCAUAUGGUUUAUGUCAGUGGGCGACAGGAUCGGAAACUCACGCCCACGAACCGAAGCUCCGUCAUUAAAUUGGAUAGCUCGUUCUAAAUCAGGAGCUCCGAAAUCAUGACCCCGUCGGGCAGCACAUACCCCUAUAGGCAAUGUAUAGGAGUUCCCCCCCCCCCUUUCCCCGGGGUCUGACAAAGCGUUUUAGCAAGGAUCUUCGUUUUAUAGAUUCAGGGGGCUUUUUCUACAAAACGAAGACCCCAUUGAUUUCGCGUCAAUUGGCGUCUGACAAAGCGUUUUAGGGAGGGUCUUCGUUUUAUAGAUUCAGGGGUCUUUUCUACAAAACGAAGACCCCCUUGAUUUCGCGUCAAUUGGGGUCUAACAAAGCGUUUUAGUAAGGGUCUUCGUUUUGUAGAUUCAGGGGGUCUUUUCUACAAAACGAAGAUCCCCGUUAUUUUCACAUCUGUUUGCUUGGUUUUUUAACUGUCCGUGCCUUAUUCGGGCAAAAAAAAUAGGGUCUUCGUUUAUCGGUCUUCGGUCUUCGGUCUUCGUUUUGUAGACACCCGGUUAUAAAGUUACUGUAAAAAUUUCGAAUGUGAAUAUAUGAAAGUCAUAUAUUUGCAAUGCGGAUAAAGACGUUAACAUGAAAAAGAUCUUCGCAGUAAUGAACACUACUUGAGCAUUAUGCCGGCAGAAAUACCGGAGGUCAAGUAAAUUCGUUACAUGAGGUCACACAUCAUCAUCAUGCCCUUUACGCCUAACAGGCAUGUAGGGCAGCAACGUGUUCCCUCCACAUCUGGCGAUCCCUUGCCAUGAACUUGAUGCCCUCCCAGGUCUUCCCCAUCUCCUUUAUUUCCUUCUCAACUGUCCGUCGCCAUGUGAUCUUGGGGCGACCCCGCUUGCGUUUCCCUUCUGGCGUCCAAUGCAUAGCAGUUUUUGCAAUGGAAGCUUCUUGACGGGUGACAUGGCCAAUCCACCUCCAGCGUCUCCUCAUCAGAAUGGUAGCCAUUGAUUCGGUUCCACACCGUUCAAAAAGAUCUUUGUUGGAAAUGAAAUUACGCCAAAAGAUGCGUAAAAUACGCCGAAGGCUUUUGGUGUGAAAAGUGGAGAGUUUUGAUAGAUCCUUCUCCGUUAAGCGCCAACAUUCUGAGCCAUACAGGAGGGUUGUAAGGACGCAGCUAUGAUAGAGCUUCAGCUUGGUACGAGUACUAUAGGUGGAAGAACGCCAUACCUUAUUCAUCAUAUUGAGCAAAUUUCUGGCCUUGUUGAGACGGCUUUGGAUGUCCAGGUCAGUUCCUCCAUCUCUACUGAUGAUACUGCCGAGGUAGGUAAAUCUGUCUGUGUAAGGAAGCUCUUCGUUAUUAAUCUGGACUGGUCGUGUGUUGGUAGCGUUCAGUGCCAUAAUUUCAGUCUUCUUGCUGCUGAUGUUCAGGCCAACUUGCUUUGCAAAGGUGUUGAGGCGAUGCGUCUUCUCUUGUAUGUGGGUGUGGGUGUGUGAUAGUAAGGCUAGAUCGUCUGCGUAGUCCAGGUCUUCCAGGUAGGAGAAAGGUGUCCAUCUGAUUCCCCUGACCUGAUCCUCAGUGGUGUGAUGCAUGAUCCAGUACACAACAAGGUUGAAAAGAAAUGUAGACAUUACACACCCCUGCCUGACACCAGUGUGAACUUCAAAUAGGAUGUCACCAUCACCAACACAGCAGGUAAAGUUGUCAUAGAAGCUUUUGAUGAUCUCAACAAGGUGGAAGGGGAUUCCAUAUGCUCGUAAUAACUUCCAGAGGCUGUGCCGGUGCACACUGUCAAAGGCCUUGGCGAAAUCUACAAAGUUGAUAUAGAGAGUUCGCUGCCAUUCGGUACUCUGUUCAAUAAUAUUUCUCAGUGUGAAAAUAUGAUCAAUACAGCCCCUUCCUCUCCUGAAACCUGCCUGUUCUUCACGAAGUCUAUGGUCCACAGCCAGUGAUAAGCGCUUCAUGAUGACCUUCGCUAAGAUCUUGCUAGGGGUGGAUAAUAGUGUAAUGCCACGCCAGUUGUUACAGUCAGACAGAGCUCCUUUCUUUGGUAUCUUGAUGAUGACACCCUUAUUCAAUCGUCAGGAAUUUUCCUUCUGUCUCAUAUGGUGUUGAAAAGUGGCUGCAAUAUGCUUGCCGUAGUCACAGCGUCUGCCUUGAACAGUUCAGCAUUGAGGCGGUCUUUGCCAGGUGCCUUGUGGUUUUUUAGAGAAUUAAUGGCUGCAAUGAUCUCUUCUGUCUUUGGUGGUCCGGUGUCAACACUUAGGGGGUCACACGACUCGGGUAAUAUUCAGGAUGAAAAUUUGCAUAUUUGAGCGGUCGAAAGAAAACAAUCAUUUCUCGAAAACGAAAAUAUAUUUUCACAAAAAAAUUACACCACAAUUAUUAGGACAUAUUGGGCUACAAAAUAUGAAAGUAGGAGAGAAAAAGAAUUUUGGGUGACUUGCCGCUGUUUGUCUGAUGCAUGUUGACAGUAACUCUUAAGUACUUGGUUAAGCUUUGUAAAUAGCUUCAAGAGCAAUUCCGCUACGAGGAAAAAGUACUGAAAGAGUGCUUCGGUUAUUGCACAGCUGAGAGAGAUCUGAUAACUUACAAGGUCACUUCUAAUUCUGCUUUUAUGCAACAUUGCACAUCCGGUUAUUUUUCUUUUCCAUUUCUUUCCACGAUUUAACAGUAUUUUGCCAAGGAGGGUAUACUAAAAUUGUUUCUAAACCAAGUGAUCCCCUGAUUGCCCGUAGCGAAGACAAAGCUACGCUUAAUUGGACGCUUGAGCUGCCUCCCUCAGAGACAUGGAGCAGUAGCAUAUUUGAGGUGAUGUUUGGAAUCUGGAAACAUCCAGGAUUCCUGAAAACAAAACUCUUGGUCAUCGAUAGACACGGUGAAGUACUGAUAAGACCAAACUACGAAAAGAAAAUUAGCUGCGACUUUAACAUGUCCAAGCUUCAAGUUGCAUUCAUACUCCAUAAUUUAACCAUGAAGGACGAGAAUCAUUACUGUCUUCAGGUUGAGCUUGGCCUUCAUCAGCCUCCUUUGACGGAUCCUGUGAUGCUUCUUCUUGAGGGUAAUAUAUUUGUUACCUUUCAUUUGCACUGGGAUGCCACAGACCCGGACGAGGGGGUAUGUUCUGGGUAUGUGCCGCUGGCCACGCAGAGCCUCUUAACCAUAGUCAAUCAGUGGCCAAUAAUGGAUCUCAUUUUAGCCGCUUUUAAGAAAAUGUAAUUUUCGCGAUCCCAACUUAGUCACAUUCUGUUUAAGUACCUUUUAAAGCAUUUUAAGAAGGUCAUUAUAACAUGAAUUGACAUAUUUGUUAAUCCCCACUUACCAGAAUCUUCUCACCUCCAAAAUCCCCAAAAUGUGCGACCCUAUUCUAAUGACUACAAGAAAAAUGUUGCCCAAUUAUAGUCAAUCAAUUAUAGCCGUGAAAAUGUGAGUCCAUCCAGUGGCACAUCCCCAUAAGCUUAUAACUAGAAAGUACUCCUCCCCCCCUGGGGGCCACAGAUUGCUCCCCCAUCCUAUCACAUAAUCAUGUCGUGGCUGCAAAGUGCAUAGAUUUUGCCAUGACUAUAUAGACAUACGUUCUUGCUUGAUUCAUAUAUAUGCAAAGGGAAAUAUCUAUUCCUUUGACCAGUGUUAAAGAGAAAUCUCAAACUGUUCUCAGUUAUCCUCCAGAUCUGUUGUAUUAACCAUGCAGAGCCUUACAAAGAACUUACGUUGUAAAAUACGUACAGGCUAUGGUCAGUCACACCCGAGACAAAAAGUUGGCUUUCCUUCUCUGAAAUUCACUUCUGAUUUAGAAAAACCUAACUCUCAAAUAUCUAAACAGAUCCUCCUAAGAUAACUAGUCCAAAACAGGAAAAUUUUUCCGUGAACAUUGGGGACAACUUGCGAAUAAACAGCCAAGCAAAGGGUCUUCCUGCACCUAACAUAACAUGGACGAAACAGGGGCGAAUUUUUGGUAAUGAUACAUUGGUUCUCAAUCGAGUAACGCCAAACGACAGCGGAGUCUACCUGUGCAGCGCUCACAACCAGGCUGGUGAAGAUCAUAAGGAGAUUGUGGUUACGGUUUUGGAGCAUAAUUAUGGAUCGCAAAAGCUAACAGGUAAUUUGUUUGUCGACUUAAAUACCUAUGAACUAGAUUACUAAUGCAUAUACCUGUGUUGAACGAUUUGAAAAUAUCAAACACUCCCCCACUGUAGAAGUCGAAUGGGAUCAUUAUCUAUUCAAGGAGUUAGUUUCUCUGAUCUUUUUUAAGCUAAGGAUUUCUUUCGCGCAAGUCAUGCUAUCAACCACAUCAUUGUCCCUGUAAUUUUAAGUAGUCCACGUUACUCUAACAAGGUCCUGCAAUUUGAUAUCUUCUCCUGAUAUCGAUCAUUGGUUCGAUUAGCUUCUCUAUACAUUAAAAAAAAGUGCAAAAUUUUCAAUUUUCUGAAUUGGCCAAGCCGCUCAUCCACAAGUUAAUAACAGACAGAUUGAUAACCGAGGUGGCCUCCCCCCAGCCUCUCCUCCCGUCUUUGAGGUCUCUUGCUGUUGAAUUUGUAUUAAUUUUACUUCUGAAGUUGCUAAGAAAUGAUGACGACGAUGAUGGUGAUGAUAAUCAUCCUUCCUGCUAAAGUGCUUUCUUACUUUUUUUCCAGUUCCCCAUAUGCCAACACAAACAUCACACGAUAGAGGAAGUCUUGUGUGGUUAUUUCCGGUAGUCAUAGGUGUGUCAGUUUUAUUAAUAGCUGCAGUGGUUAUCUUUCGCUUGCGUGGGCGCUACUGCGAAAGGAAUCUCGCUUAUGGGCAGCAUAUUGAUGAAGAAACAGGUGAGCACUCCACAACUGCCAAGAUCGAGCUUAGAGACGAUGAGGCGACUGCGGGUUAGUGACUGAGAGACGAUAGAAAAGCGGGCAAACAGGAAACAGAGUAUACCUUGAUCAUACUCUAUCAUGGAGUGCACCAUUAGCUGGUAUACCGAAAUAGUAGCAAAAGCAGCGAUACAAUUUAUCAAACUUUUUUCUCUUUCUCAACUUCCUGCCGGUUUCUGCUCCUAAGCCUCUAAAUUGUCUCCACUGACCCGAUAGUUAGAAAUAAAACUUGCGUCAUUGUAGUGCGCUGUAAGUGUGCUUUAAAAUGAUUGCUAAGGAAAAUAGAAAACUUUAAAACAGAUCAAUUUUUGUUAUUGAAGGAAGAGAAUUUUUUCAUCGAGAAAAUGAGAAAUAAGUUGCUUUGACAAAAACCAUCUACUAGUCUUUGAACAACAAUCUGACGCACCCAUUUGAUGAGUGCAUCGGUUCUCAAAAUCCUUUGUUUUACAAUGUGAGUUCGGAACACAACCCAAUCACUGAAAAGAAUUCCAAGAACUUGCAACUGAAGAGUUUGUUACCGAAAGUAGCAUGGAAUGGCUUCGUAGGAGAGAACUUUUUAAAAAUUCAAACCUAUAAUCCGGCCUAAUAUUAGUAAAUACAGCAAGAAUGCAAUUUUUUGUGCUAUAUGUAUAAAUAUUUUUUUCAAAACACUUUUUAACAACACGUUUCCUUGUAUAAGAUGCAAAACAUUUGCCUUUUAAGCAUGGUCGAUUGUACUAAAUGGUAGACAGUCAAUUCCGUACAAAACUAUUAAAGCAAUUUAAUCAAAUGUAAUGUGCCUUUUCAGUUCUUUUAGAAAUGUUUAUGAGUUCAAUCCUGUAGUUUCAGUAAACCAUCUCGAAAACGGAAAGUGCUUUCGAGCUUAAAGCAAUAAAGGAAGUGAC